AUCGAUGUAUGCCCUAUCUCCGUUUGUGUUUCAAUCGCGGCCCGCCCGAUCCGAACGAACGACAUGCGCCAUUCGCGAACGUGUUUACGAUACAUUCAUUUUUAAACGUGUUGUGAAUUUGAAUUUGGAUUUUUUCUUUUUACUUUUUAACAUAAGUUUGACUCGACAUUGAAGUUGCAUCCACUGUAACAAUAUGGCCGCCAACGGGUACGGAACAGCACCGAUGGCUGGACACAUCGGUAGAAUUCCGAAUUUUGGCAAAACGCAGGUUAACCCAAUGGGCUCUGUGGAACCUCCAGCUUGCAUUCAGAACGCAAUGAUGACAAAGGAUAAGAAACCUUUUACAUACACACCUGGGGGACUAGAUUUGUCUCAAAUUAGAACUCCAAGCAUGGCAAGGAGAAUGGCACGACAACGUUCCCUGGAAGAACAAGAACAUGCGUAUCCUAAUCAAGCUAAUAACAAUCCCCAGCCUCAAGGAGUACCUGCACCCCCUCCACCGCCUCCUCAGAAAAUACCAGCGCCUCCUCCACCCCCGCCAUUAAUCAUUGAAGCCCCUAAAAAUUCUAUUGCAAAACCAAUACCAGCAGUUGGUGACCGUCCAGAAAUUGUUAUCCCUGAAAAUCCAAUUGGUAUGUUACGAAAAACCAACAGUCCGUAUCACUGGGAAGCUGAAAAGGCUGAGCUCCAACGUAUUGGACCUGUUCCUAAAUUUGUUGAGAAAGUUCCAAGUCCUUUAACUGUAAAAUUGCCAGCUCAUUACGCUCCUCAAAAUUAUUCAUCACCAAACAAUGUUCAAAGGCCAAACUUUUAUGGAAAUCAGAACCACUCUCCUGAGAGCCCUCUUCAUAGACCAGAAGCACAAUAUGCUCACCAAAAAUCAGGUUCACCAAAUAUUAGCGGAUCACCUCAAACACGAGAAAUGUUGGUGCGACAGGAUUCUCAAUUUAAUAAAAGUCCCCAGCCCUUUGCAAAUCAAUCACCCUGCGGUAACUCUCCAUUUUCUCCAACGCCCAAUAAUCAUUGGAGACAACCAGAAAGACGUGAUUCUCCAGCUAGCGUAACUAAUAGUCCACAGUCACCACACAUAAAUCGUGGACCAUUCUCAGGAGUAGCAACACAAAGUCCUCCAAACUAUAAUCAAACGCCUAAUAAUUCUGUUUUUCAUACCUUACCUCGAGGCGGACAGAGGAAUCAAGAUGUUUCUAAUAACAAUGUUCAAAACGAUUUUAACACAAAUAUAAAAGAGAAACCGCUUAAUGAGACAGCACCUUGGCGAACACAAACUUUAAAUCGUCAUCCACGAGAGAAUCAACAGUCUGUUUAUAAUAAUAAUACACAACAGCAACCAUCUUACAACCCCCCAUGGAAGGUAAAUGAGACAACAAAUAAUAAUGUUGAAAACAAAUUUGGAUCACCAUGGAAACAAGAUAGUAGGAACAGUGGUAAUGUGGGUGAAAGUCAGCAAAUAUCAAGUAACCAGCAUUACACACCACCUUGGGUAAAUCAAGAAUAUAAUCGGGGACAAGAAAGUUCUCCUUGGAGAACACAAGAAAAAUCAGUUCCCCCUGUUACUCCCCCAGAAACACGAUACCAAUCAUCAAUUUCGAUACCAGUGACGCCAAGAAAACAAACAACACAAUCAGAAAAUAACAGCAGUCCUCAUCAAAAGGAAGCAGUGUAUGUUAAUCAGGAACCUGUUUACUACUGUCCUGGGAGCCCGAAAGUAGUACCAGGUUUUGUUAAAACCCAGAAAGAGAAGACAAAAACACCUCCACCUUCAUGGUGUCAAAGGCCUUUAGAUGGUACUAAGAUAAUACCAAGGGAAUUGGCCACCCCUCCCAGAGAAAAUAAUCAAGAGCCGGAAUGGAUUAAAAAAAGUAAUGAUAUGCAAAGAGGAAAUCGUGACGUCGUCAGUCCCCCAAGGUAUCAGCAACCAGUUCAACCGAAUUGGUCAACUCGUCCUUCAGAGAACAGAAAAAGUCUCCCCCGGGAAACAUCUCAAGCGUCACAAGGAAGUAGAAUUAUUCCAAUUCAAAUGGAAGUGUCUAGCACAGAAACAAGAAACCAAGGCAAAAUAGGUUCUAAUCCUAACCAGCCACAGUUAAGAAUAUUCAUUGAUAUGAAACAAAACCCUGAUCAGAAUAAUGCUCAAGCACCUUACUCCCAGCCUACUCAGCGUAUUAUGAGGGUGCUCUCGCCUCAACUAGUCAGGAUGGAUGAAAAUCAGAGUCAACCGGAAUUGCCGACCUUAAACAGAAGUUUUCAUACUCAGGACAGUCAGCCAAAGACAAGAAUAAUUCCCAUACAAAUUGAAGGAGGAAGCGGUGCAGGAGCUAAUAAAAGCGUGUACCAUAAGAUAAGACAAGACACUUCUCCGCGACAGUCAAAGGCUUUCAAAGUACUGCAAGUCAUUACCGGUACUGACGGGAAUUUAAUACAAUUCAAGGAAUCUGAUCAAGUUUACUCCGAUUUGUAACAUAGGAUACCUUCGUAAGCACAGCAGCGGACAAUAUUUGAUAUUUUUUUAGAUAAGUAUUAACAUUGUUAGCUAUUAUUAAAUUAAUUUAUUAUUUAAGAUAUGUUUAAUGCGUGUGAAAAAUUUAAAUACGGCUAAUACACCAAAGUUUAGUUAGGGUAAUUAAUAUAUUUUUUAUUUAUAUUUAUAAUUAAUCCAUUAAGGUUACAUUAGAGUUACCGCUAGAUAGACAAAUUAUUCUGUCAAUUAACAAGAUACCAAGUAUUAUUUUUUUAAACUUAUUAAUUUUAUUCAUUAAAUUAUUCAUUUUUUUUUAUCCAUUGCGUGUUAUAUUUUUUUUCAUUAAAAUAUUUAUAUAACAUAUUCAAUCGCUAAAAAAUUAAACAUUAGUAAUAAUUAGUUUAACGUCCAGGAUUCGAUAUUUCCUUCUUCGUUUGUGAUUAAUAAAAAUUUCACUUGUGGUGUUCCUUACGGGAUUAAUUAAGUGCUAUGAAUAAGAUCGUUAAUUCGUAUCAAUUUUUACUGAGCCACUUUUUUUUAUAUAUAAAAUAAAAUAUAAAUAAUUUGUUAUCAAUCUAGAAAUUUGAGAUUUAAUGAGUUAAUUCUGUUAUGAUUUUUUUUAUCUAAUAACGAAAACAUGAAAGUUAUUUUUAGCACUUAUUUUAAGUUAUUGUAUUCCCGGUGGACAAACAAACAGGCAAGGGGUGUGGCAAACUAGUCAGUGUGUUCUAUGAGUAUAAACUAUAGUUAUAUAAUAUAUUCUGUGUGAAUGUAAAUUUAAUAAUUAAUUGAAAUUAUGUCUACUAUUUAUUGUAUAGCUAGUUAAUUAUUUUUAUAAUAAAGUUUUUUUUUUUUUUAUAAUAAAUCUCAAAAAAAUAAUAAUAUAUCGAUCUUUUAAUUAGGAAAUGUGAACUUCGAAAACUUUAUAUUAAUUAUAAUAAAGAAGAGCCUUAUAAAGA